UUGUAUACUUGUCGCCUAUUCAUCAGUCGUUAGUAAUUUAUUCACACGAUUGAGAAAUAACUAGUUGAGCCAGCCCCUCUCCCCCUUCAUUCACAGUAGGAAACAACUCACUUGGAAAACGAUACCACGUAUUUAUUUUAAUUUUUUCUCCCUUCACAAUUAAAUUUAAUAAAUGCGGUAGGAAUAAUUGAAAAUAGUGAAUAUGCCUUGAAUAUGUGAUAUUUUGUUAAUCUCCUUGCGUAUCUGAUUAGUAACAAGAUGUUGGUUGGUUACACAAGGAAUUGGACCCCUCCCACUUUGACGAUGUGUCGCUCUAUCUCAACCAAUCCACGUAACGCCUGAUAACGUCGCCAUAAUUAGCUGGAUUUGUUAAUCGGUCCAUAAGCAACACGAGUAUGGUGAAUGAACAGUCACGAGCAUCACUUCUUAGUAUCAUUCAUGUUUAUUCGCAUUCGGUGUCAGUCGGAAAUUUUCCAUGUCAAAAUAAUUGUUGUUUUCUCGGAAAUUUUUUGAAAAUAAAGUAGUAAAGGAACUUGCUGAGAAAAUUCAGUGACAUUUUUUUCGAGUUGAUAACUGGAGUGAAGUGAAACGAGCUCUAAUAAUAAUAGAGAAAAAGUGAUCUUUGAGUUUUCAAAUCGAUCAAUUGGGAUGGUGUUAGUAGUAAAUGGGGUACUCCAAGAGGAGCCUCCCGCAGACAGCAGAUCUUUGUAUUUAGCCCAUCCGGUGUAUAGAGAAUCUGCAGCACAACUUCACUCGAUGCCAGCUAAAUUGGUGGGUCCAGUUGGUCUGCUUUACGUCCAACAACGAGAAAUGGCUGCAACUCUUCCGCAUGACAAAAAUGUGAGUAUACUCGGCUCAGAUGACAUGACCACGUGCAUUAUAGUUGUCGUCAAGCAUUCAGGAUCGGGGGCGGUGGCGUUGGCACAUCUCGAUGGAGCUGGGGCUGAAGAUGCUGCUACUGCGAUGGUCCAGAGGGUAACCGAAUUGGCCAUGGGAUUCCCUGAGGGACGGAUUGAGUUGCAACUCGUUGGAGGUUACUCGGACCCUCGCAAUUAUUCUGAAGAGCUUUUUUUCAAUAUUCUUUCGACGUUCCACAAGCAACCUAUUGAAAUUGAUUUAACACUGUGCUGUGUUGGUGAAUUGAACACGACAGCAAGAGGUGGUAUCCAUUGGCCUGUCAUUUACGGAAUUGGACUGAAUGUCAAGACUGGUGAAAUAUUUCCAGCGACAUUUCCCGACAAGGGACCCGAUCAAGCUUUGAGAUCCGCUAGGCAUCUGACAGGUGGCCAACAGGUUUUAGAUGUUUAUGACUGUAGUCUAGGACUUUUGAGAAUUGGCCCUUUCAAUUACGAUCCUCUUCGUGGUGUCGAUCUGUGGCUUGCGCAAUCGGAUCAAUUCAUUCUGCAGCAUCUUUCCACUUCACCCGAUGUAGAACCACCACAUUUUGUUUCACAGAUAAGAGCAACUCUUAAGUACAUUCAAGACAACCAAUUUCCAGCUGUUACGGUGUUUCGAGAUAAUAGGCCGCAUUAUUACCGCCGAGAUGAAGCAACUGGAGUUUGGCAACCAAUUCGUUAUGAUACUAAUUUUUAGAUGCCAACGUAAAUGUUGGAAAAUAAUGGAAAAUGUUGUACAUACUUGUUCAGUCGCCGGGCUUGCCAGCACACUAAUUAUUUCAUAAAUCUUUUACUUUUCAUUGAAAAUUAACAUGGAGUGUAGUGAUCAUCUUAUGUGAAGUGAUGCAUAGGACUCAUUUCAAUGAUAAGCUAUCUGUAUCUGUGAAAGACAAGAAUGAAAUUAUUCAUAAGAUAUAAAGAGAUAUAUUUUCACUAUACAUUAGGAGCGAAAAGUUAUCAAGAGUUGAACGAUAUAGAUAUAAUGAUUUUUUUUUUAUGUGGCAAAGAUUAAUUGAAAAACAUGUUCAAUAACUAGGAAAGAAAAAAAAAAUCUCCAUGAAUUAUCCUGUCUCUUGAAUUUUUCACAUUCGUCCUGAGAUAAACCAAGGAAAUGGCAAACAAGACAGCAGAAAAAAGCUGUAGAGGGUAUGCAUAAAAUAUAUGGUUUUGAAGGGAAGGGAAACUAUAGUUAGAUUGCCACAAUAUUAUAUACAAUAAUUAAUGACUUAUAGAGCAUUGUUGUUGGCCAAUGACCGAUUUACAAUUUGUUUUCUAUGUGAAGUGAUUAGAAGAAACACGAUGGUGAUUUUAAUCACAUAAUUUGCUCUGUGGUUCUUGUUGUGCAAAAGCGCUCAUAUUUUAUACAACCAUUUGGUGAUAUAUUUAUAUAUGAAUAGAAAUAAAAUGAUGAUAAAAUGUC